AUUUGAUCGAAACGUGGCAAGGCUAUCAGGCACAUACUGAAGUGUCUAUUGAUAUAUAUUUUUUUUACGAAUUUUUAUUUUUUACAAUUUUUAUGGAAUAAAGUUGGACCUAGACGCCAUUGGGGAACGGGUUCAUUUCCGGGCCAGAAUUUGAAACCCAUUCAGUGGGUAAACAAUGUAUGCUUCUUAAAGAACAUUCAACGGUUGACUCAUUACAUACAGAAAUGCACAUUUACUAGUGGUUACUUUACAAACAGCUGCCAGGGUGGAUAUGUCAUCUUUCUGAUAACUCUUGUUUUAAUUACCUUCUUGCUCAUGAUGCCUUCUAAACCAUGCUAAUCUUUAUUGAAAUUCCAUUUUAGGCAGAAACCAUCCAUCACAGUGGGAUUUGAGUGGCAAUCAGCACACAAAAAUCAUCCCAAGAAAGCUUGAUUUUGAACCUUCGGCAGGAGACAUCGUGAAAGAAAUGAAGACGUCAGAAAUUAAGGAUGUUGAACAAAUUCCAACACAAGCCAUUGUAAACAUCACAGCAAAAGUCAUUGAGACUGUGGAAGAAAUUCAAGAAGUCCUUGUGUGGAACAGGAAAACACCUGUGAAAACUGUAAAAGUUGGAGAUCAAAGUGGAGCUAUAAACCUCAAGCUCUGGAGUGACAAUAUAGAGAAAAUUGUAUUGGGGAUGACAUACAAGUUCACCUCCCUUGGCGUCUGGGAAUACAUGGGUAGGAAAUACCUAACAACGACGCCAUCAUCGUCCUGGUUGGUUGUGGACGACAUUCCAAACAUCAACGAGGAAGAUGUUGGAAUCAAGGAGAAUGUCGUAGUGAGAGGUGAGGUUACUUUAGUGACCGUCACCUUAUCCAAAGCCUGUCUCUCGUGCCGCAAAACGGUAACUGCCACGGACACAGGCAGUCCAUUCGUAAAGUGCCCGGAAUGUAAAAUGAAGAUGAAAAAAGACAAAAUGAUAGACAACAUGCUAUGUAAACUAUCUGUGGAGGGUAAUUCCUCAAAGUAUUUGGUUCCAUCAGCAGUCAUGACAGAGUUUCUGAUCAGCACACAGAAAGAGGACAUUCAGGGAAAUGCGGACGAAAUUGAAAACCAUCUCCUCACAUGUGGUGAAAUUAAGAUGGAAAUCCCGCAAAGUACGAGUCGUGCUGUGUCGUUGAAACUUGUGGACUAAAUUAAGACUUUGAACAUAAGGAACCUGAGCAGUCACUGUCAAUGUAGGGGGAGAGAUUCCCAUGUACAGGAGGGACGUCAGUGAGGUUCUCCCUGGGUAGGUAGCAGUCACGGUCAAUGUAGGGGGAGAGGAUCCCCAUGUACAGGAGGGACGUCAGUGAGGUUCUCCCUGGGUAGGUAGCAGUCACUGUCAAUGUAGGGGGAGAGGAUCCCCGUGUACAGGAGGGACAUCAGUGAGGUCCUCCCUGAGUAGGUAGCAGUCACGGUCAAUGUAGGGGGAGAGGAUCCCCGUGUACAGGAGGGACAUCAGUGAGGUUCUCCCUGGGUAGGUAGCAGUCACGGUCAAUGUAGGGGGAGAGGAUCCCCGUGUACAGGAGGGACAUCAGUGAGGUUCUCCCUGAGUAGGGAGCAGUCACUGUCAAUGUAGGGGGAGAGGAUCCCCAUGUACAGGAGGGACGUCAGUGAGGUUCUCCCUGGGUAGGUAGCAGUCACGGUCAAUGUAGGGGGAGAGGAUCCCCGUGUACAGGAGGGACGUCAGUGAGGUUCUCCCUGGGUAGGUAGCAGUCACUGUCAAUGUAGGGGGAGAGGUUCCCCCCGUGUACAGGAGGGACAUCAGUGAGGUUCUCCCUGGGUAGGUAGCAGUCACUGUCAAUGUAGGGAAGGGGUUCCCCCUGUACAGGAGGGACAUCAGUGAGGUUCUCCCUGGGUAGGUAGCAGUCACUGUCAAUGUAGGGAAGGGGUUCCCCCUGUACAGGAGGGACAUCAGUGAGGUUCUCCCUGGGUAGGUAGCAGUCACUGUCAAUGUAGGGAAGGGGUUCCCCCUGUACAGGAGGGACAUCAGUGAGGUUCUCCCUGGGUAGGUAGCAGUCACUGUCAAUGUAGGGGGAGAGGAUCCCCAUGUACAUAAGGGACAUCAGUGAGGUUCUCCCUGAGUAGGUAGCAGUCACUGUCAAUGUAGGGGGAGAGGAUCCCCGUGUACAUAAGGGACAUCAGUGACAUUUUGUCAUGCAUUUAUCCUUGCAUGAUCAUCAAAAUAAAGUUUUUGUUUGAGAUGUUAAAAAUAUGUCUUUGUUCUUUAUCGCAGCGGUUUCUAAAUAAUGGAAUUUUGAACACAGAAUCCAGUGAUUGGCAUCAUUAGCAUUGAGCGUACAUAUAAGCAGUUGGUACACAAUGACAUGCAUGAACAAAGUCAGACAUCAAGUAUCACCACCCCCUUACUCAGUGCUCUCCAAAAACAAGCAUAGUGUCAGUUGUAAUAUAAUUAUGAAAGAUCCAUGAGUCGAUAGGAAAUUUAUUAGGGAGUAUAACCAUAUAAUGCUUUUUCAGUCACAAGACAGUGAAAAACAUUUCUUAAUCUUGACAAAUAUAAACAGGAGGGGUCUGCAUACUCAAGGGUUGACUCUGGUAUGGAUCUACAUCCCCUUGCUGGGCUCAAACCUGGGGUAACAACUUA